CCUGCCGCGCCAGGACCCGGAGCCGGAACCAUGAACGGCUUCCUGCAGUCGGGCUCAAGCAGCUGGCGGCGGGCGGCCACCUUGGUGCUGGCGACAGGCUGGAUGCACCCAAGCCCCGCCGCCCCGUCGGUGGCCCCGCUGCCAGCCGAGGGCUUCCGGCUGCUGCUGCUGCAGCGCUCCUCACAGCAGGGCUUCUUGCCCGGGGCGCACGUCUUCCCAGGCGGCGUGGUGGACGCGGCAGACCGCUCGGCAGACUGGCUGCGCCUCUUCGCGCCGCACCACAGGCCGCCGCGCUUGGGCCUGGGCCCCACGCCACGCCCGCGUCCCACCUUCCCGGUGCUGCCCGCCGCGGUGUCCGACACCGCCGCGGAGGACGGUGCGGCGCUGCCGGAUGACGUGGCCUUCCGCAUCUGCGCCAUCCGCGAGACCUUCGAGGAGGCGGGCGUGCUGCUGCUGCGGCCCCGGGCCUCGCGGGCCGCCGCGCGGGAGCCGGGCCGCGCCCUCCCGCAGCAGGAGGGCCUGGCCGCCUGGCGCGACCGCGUGCGCCGCGACCCGCACCACUUCCUGCACCUGUGUGAGCACCUCGACUGCACCCCUGACAUCUGGGCGCUGCACGACUGGAGCACCUGGCUCACGCCGUUCAGGCGCCCCGGCGGCCGCCGCUUCGACACGACCUUCUUCCUGUGCUGCCUGCGGGAGCCGCCGCCGGUCUACCCAGACUUGGCCGAGGUGGUGGGCUACCAGUGGUCAUCUCCGUUAGAGGCAACUGAUAAUUUCAUAUCAAAAGAAAUUUGGUUGGCACCCCCACAGUUCUAUGAAAUAAGAAGACUUGCAAACUUUGCCUCUCUCUCCGACUUGCACAAAUUUUGUUUGGAUCAUGUAUUAGAAGGGGUGGAAAGAUGGUUGCCAAUCACGUUAUUAACUGCGGAUGGGCAGAUCUCGCUUUUACCAGGAGAUGAGCUGUACUUAGAAGAUUCAAACUUCUUAGAAAAUCUUUUGUCCACUGAAAAAAAGACUGAAGAAAUCAUGAAGGAAGGCAAGAAAUUUCACCGAGUAGUUAUACACAGUAGCCAUGUUUAUAGUAUCCACGUGACUGUUCAGUCAGAAUAUAAACAUGUUUAUCCUAAGACCUAUGUAGUAAGUAAGAGCCAUUUGUAGUGUAUUGCUUGAAGUUGUCCUAAUAAAUAAUUAGGGACAACUAGACUUGCUUGGAACUUAAGGAACUUUGUGCCUGUAAAAGUUAUUGUACAGUCUUUUAUAUUUCAAGAGUAUUAUGGUGCUCUCUUGCUUAUUUUAUUUAAAACUUACAGUGUCACAGAAGGCUCAUUUUUAUGCAGUAUAAAUGUUAUUGAAAUGAGAAGAAUUUAACAAGGUUUUUCACUUCUGUAUUGUUUUAUUAUCAAAAGUUUAAAUAAGCUGUUCUGUUUAUUUAAGUGUAUUAGCACUUAAGUGUAUUAGCACUUUCCUUGAUGUGCUGAGGAGAUUGAUCCAUGAAUUCCUUAGACUUUCUGCUCGAGUUAAUUUAAGGGUGUCUGAUUACAUGAUGAACAACAGACUUAGACAACCUUUUAGUGACAAUGUCAUUAUUUUUUUGUUAUGUCUUUACCUUGAUGAUUAAAAUCAAAUGGUAUUAUAUAAUAGGUUUACCAAAUUGGAAAUUUGUCUUAGUUAAUAUUUUAAAGAAAUAUGAAGCCAUUUCAAAAGCCGUAACUAUUUUUACUCUGGAGGCUAGUUAAUGAAAUAAAGAGGUUAUUUUUAAUAUGGGUAAUUUUUCACCUUUUAAGGGGAAUAAUAUUUAUUGAUUAAAGAUGGAAAAUGGUUAAGACACCAAUUGUAUUUAAGAUCUUUGUAUUAU